AAAGAAUCCAAUGCCUCAACCCUCACUCAAAAUUCCUUUCCACUCUCCUGGUUUUUAUGCCUCACUCAUAUUGAAGUGAUUAAAUAACAUUUUUUUUAUUCUAUUUUAUUCCUCGCCACCCCCCAUCUUCCCGCUGAGCUGUGGAUAAUAGAGCUGGCUGGAACGUGGUGGUUACCGGGCGUCAUUGGCUGUUUGUUCUGUCUCCUGCCAACCUCCCCCCGACCCCAAGUCAACCCCAAGCCAACCUCAUCGCUUCAUCUUCGCCGUCUUCCAUCAUCCGCAGCACCAACUCCCUCUUUCUCUCCCCUUUCGCCAGCUCGAUCAUCUGCAUAUCCUGACGCCGCGUUAUAAUCAUUUCAUUACUGCUCCUCUGGCCUGGCGCGAGUCCAGCUGUUGCCUUCGUUCCGUGGGCAUCUUCUCGGUGUUUUUCCCUCCCGUAGAGUGGCAUUUUGCCCGUUAGGCCGCCCUACAGACCCGCCGCCAGCCCACCACACACCUCUCGUCACUCACCUAUAGGCUAUCACCUAUCGCCGAUCACCAGCCACUCUGCUCUGGGCAAACGCUUCCAAAUAUUCCCCUCAUACUUCGCACACUUCUUUCUUAACCGCCACCGGUAGACACGGGAAAUAGCUGAGAUUCCUCGCACCGCGGCUCUCAACCUGGCUUCACCAGGCUUUCCCCCCCCCCCCAGAAUAGACGACGGCUGGAGGUGAUAUCAAGGACGCUGCAAUUAACAGGGCAAACCAGAUGGCCAGCGCAGCGGCCAACUUGAACAACACCGCCAACGGGAACGGCGGAAACAGCGGGAACGGCGGGAAUAACUCUCUCAAGAAGCGGAGGAAGGGCACUGACCUUUGGCCCAUUGUCACAAACGAGGCGGUUCCAUCUUCUGUGAUCGUUGAGCCCAUUUCUGGCCCCACCAUGCUCUCGCCGGCAUCUAAACAUCCAGGGGCUUCUAUCAAUACCCAUACACUUAAAACUAACUACGGCUCCCCCCUCUCCCUCUCCCCUUCCUCCUCCUCUACUGAAGACCCCGAAGAAGAAGACUUAAAGGACUACUGCGAGGGUGGCUAUCAUCCCGUCUAUCCCGGCGAAACCUAUAACGAAGGUCGCUACAUCGUCCUCCGCAAGCUAGGAUGGGGCCAUUUCUCGACCGUUUGGCUGUCGCGCGAUACUACAAAUGAGAGACACGUUGCCUUGAAAGUCGUGCGAUCGGCUAAACACUACUCCGAAACGGCUAAUGAUGAAAUCAAACUUCUUAAGAAAAUCGCAGAGGCUAACCCGAGCCACCCUGGGCGGAGGCACGUCGUUAGCCUUUUGGAUGACUUUGUACAUUAUGGACCCAAUGGCGACCAUGUUUGUAUGGUGUUUGAGGUGUUGGGCGAAAAUCUGCUCGGGUUGAUUAGGCGCUGGAAUCAUCGCGGCAUCCCCAUGCCCCUGGUCAAGCAGAUUACGAAGCAGGUCCUGCUAGGCUUGGAUUACCUGCAUCGCGAGUGUGGCAUUAUCCACACCGAUCUGAAGCCAGAGAAUGUUCUGAUCGAGAUUGGCGACGUCGAGCAGAUUGUGAAAUCUUUUGUGAAGGAGGAAGAGUCUAAGAAGGAAAACAAGGAGGAUUAUCGCAGUGGACGACGACGACGAAGAACCUUGAUCACCGGUAGCCAACCGCUUCCAAGCCCGCUCAAUGCCAGCUUCAGCGGUUGCGACCCUUUCCGCACCCACGCCACGAAUCAAAGCACUCAUGGCAGCCUCGACCAUAUUUUAAAUAAUACAUCAGCUUCACCAAGCACAUCCAAUCUCUCCAUGAAAGAUCGACUGGGGAUUAAAGAUCAGGAGUCGCUGGAGGAUGGAAAGCAGAAGCAGAGGGAAAAGACAACAGACAUUUUGGAACGGGAGGUCUCGGGUAUAUCCCUUGAUAAGAACUCUACACCGAAGACUCCAAAUGACGAAGACAUGGAGAUCUCAGUGAAGAUUGCGGAUCUGGGGAAUGCAUGCUGGGUCGAACAUCACUUCACGGACGACAUCCAGACGAGACAAUACCGCUCGCCGGAGGUUAUACUUGGCGCCAAAUGGGGUGCCAGUACCGACAUAUGGAGUAUGGCGGCAAUGGUAUUCGAACUCAUCACGGGCGACUACCUCUUCGAUCCGCAAUCAGCUGCCAAAUACGAUAAGGAUGACGAUCACAUAGCCCAAAUAAUUGAACUUCUCGGGCCUUUGCCCAAAUCCCUCUGCUUCUCCGGUGAACGGAGUAAGAAUAUCUUUAACCGCAAGGGCCAAUUGCUUAAAAUCCACCGACUCCGCCACUGGGCGCUCCCGGACGUCCUCACAGAGAAAUACCGCUUGUCCCUGGAGGAGAGCAAAGCUCUUUCCGACUUCCUCCUGCCGAUGCUUGAGCUGUUGCCUGAGCGCAGAAAAAAUGCGGGAUGUAUGUCGAACCAUCCGUAUCUGGAUGGUACGAAGGGGAUGGAGAAUGUACAUCUAAAAGACAUCAAUGUCGGGAGUCGUGGGGAGUUCAUAGAAGGCUGGGCACAAGUGGUUAAAAGGAAAAAGCAUAACGUGGUAUGAAAAUAUUAAUUUCAAUAUGGAUGAGUGACAUGACAUGUGAAAAAAGAAAUUAUAGGAACGAAUAUAUAUUGAGCGGCAGGACGGGGGGCGGGAGGAACUAAAUGAUACUGGAGCGGAAAUUUAAAUGAGACAAAAGAGUUGGAAAAAUCUAAUAUGCCAUGAUUCCCCCGCAGCCCGCCCAGCAGCCUUUUAGCGGUUCAUUUGUAUGUGUUACAUAUCUUGUUUCCCUUGGUUCGUUUUUUUGGCCUUGGCCUUGGUCUUAUAUUUAUUUUUCAUUUUCCCAGCCAAGUUUGUUUAUGGAUUGUCGUGGUCUGAUAUUCGCCUCCUUCGCCCCCCUUUUUUUUUUAAUUUUUUCUCACCUGCCCACUUCCUUUUUCACAAAGGUUUUUUGUUUUUGGAAUGAUCGUCGUCCACUUUUGAUUGCUCUACUAUCUCUUUGGUUGCUGGUUGUGGUUGUUAGGUCUCCCCUUUUCCUUCUACGAAUCUUUCGCCACAUCAUACCAUAUUCUGCACAUCAUCUCACAUUUUCCCCCUCCCUUUUCCCCCCUUUUUUCCCAGUCUCAGCAGCCUGUCAUCCGCCAUCCUUUAACCAACUAUUAUAUAGUUGACUUGCUCUCCCCAUCACUCUCUAUUAGUUUCUAUCAUUUAUUACCCCUUGGUUUUAGCUGUUCUGAUUUCAUUUUUUAGAAACAUCUUGAAUCUUCCGAAUUGCAGUAUCAUUUUGAGUGGCUGUCUGUCAUGACAUGACAUGAACACGCUGCCAACUGGCUGACUGGUGGAUGAAAAGGAUUGGUGGAAUGAUUUUGAGUGAUGGAUUUUCAUCGAUUGAUAGAAUGAUAGACGCCAUUUGUUGUUGUGCAUGUACGUAUGUGACUUGUGGAGAGAGUUUAGAGGAUAUCUUUUUGAGGGGAAGAGAGGAGAAAGGGAUGAAGGAAGCAGGGAGCGGAGUAGAGUCUCCUUCCUAUACACACUUAUCUCCAUACGUUUCUUCACACUCCACCCAAUACCUAUUCAUUGCCUAGCCCCCACAACCCAUUUGCCUAAUAUAUAUAUAUAGACAUAUGUCAGUAUGUAGGUAGGUAGGUGGUGGGUAGGAUUAGCGAGAGACUUGAACAUAUGGUUAGGUUUUAUCCUUCUUACUGGCCCAAUCUCUUCGCUUCCUAUAUAUAGUUACCCAUUGUUUUCCUCUUCUUGUCCUCCUUUUUCGCUACCCUCACCAGUUCGGAUUGUAAUUGUGUUCUGACCGACCUUCUGUCCCGCCUCCCCCCCCUGCUGUUCAAGCACCUACUCCUUAGUGUGCUAGGCUGUUCUCUUUAAUGACAGAGCCUUACCAUUUCCAUCUAGGCAUCGUUACAUUUUGGAUAGUUAGCAGGGUGUUGAGGGAGUUUUGUUAGAGAUUAUUUAUACCACUUUAUAAUCACAUUAUCGUAUAUUAGGAGGCCGGAUCUGGUGGAAUUAAUAAUGUGUACUGGUGUAAAUAUAUAUUCAUGCCAUAUUACGUCAUGUCCAAUGAAUGGG